GGCUCGCCUAGGACUGGGGACUGGCUGCACCACACCCCGCUGUGACACUGAGUCAGCCCAGGGAGCUCCGAGGAGGCUGGGUGCUGCCGGGAUCUCACUGUGCACUGGGGAAUGUGGGUGAGGGUCUAUGAGCCUGGGCCACUCUUGCCCCGCCUCAGGCCUUGGAGCCCGUGUCCAGCUGCUUCCCCUUCCUGUGCAGAGCAGCAGCAGAGCAGGAAAGGUGGGGCGGGAAUGAAUGCCUGGCCCUGGGCCAGGUUCCGCCCCUCCAGCAGCUUGGCUGUGCUGAAGGAAGCCUAUGGCAUCCUUGGGGGGCGCCAUGUGCAGCCGGGAGGUGGAAGCAGCCCUGCUGCGACUGGAGGAGACCUUCUCAGCCUCCCUGGCCCAUGUCAACACACGCAUCCUGCAGCCUUUGCUCUUGGCCGACCCAGAGCCCUGGGAGCCCCGGGGGCGCGAGCACCUGCAACUCUUGCAGCAGCUGCUCAGGAGCUCCCAGCAGCUGCGCCAGCUGACGGAGCAGAGCCUGCAGUCCCUGCUGAAGAGGCUGCACCAGCCACGCACCACCGGCCUGGAGGCCCUGCCGCUGCUGGGUAGUGCUGACGGCGUCCUGCAGGUCCAUCUGGAGUACAUCGAGUCCUACACAAGCUGCCUGGUGGCGCAGGUCUUCCAACAGGUGGCAAAGGGGAAGAGAGAGCACUGGCUUGCUCAGUGCAGGCCGCUGCAGAAGUACCUGGCUGGCAUGAGCUUCGAAGGCUCAGUGGACGCCGUGCUGGGCCAGGCCCUCUGCCAGCCACUUGCCCAGCACCUGCAGCAGUACAUACUCCUCCUGCUGCGCCUCAGGGACACCCUCAGGAAGCACCACCCCGCCCAGGAGCUGGUGAUAAAUGCCAUCACCCUCUAUGGGAACCUGCAGUCCUUCCUGCAGCAGGCACUGGACCAGGCUGUGGCUACCCAAGCCCUAGGGCACAGCCUAAGCAGCCGCCUGAAGGAUGCACUCUGCACGCCUGGGCACCGCCUCUUGCAGGACAGCCAGGACAUUCCGGUGACGGCCAUCCCGUUGCGGGCUGAGCGCGUGCUGCUCUUCGAUGACGCCCUGGUGCUGCUGAAGGGCCCCAAUAUCCACUCCUUCGAUCUGAGGCUGGUGUGGGUGCAUCCCGUGCAGGACAGGUGCAUGCUCCGCGUCGUCACGCCAGAGGACGAGUUCUCCUUGUGUGUCAGGGACCCCCAGGACCUGGUGGUGUGGCAGUGGAAGGUGAGCCAGGCCGUGUGCCAGGCCCUGCGUGGAAAGAAGGACUUCCCAGUGCUGGGGGCCGGUCCUGCACCCUCCGAGCCCCCGGCCUGUCGCUCCGCAGCCUACACCUUCCGCACCAAGGGACACCUCUGCCGGGCCACCUAUGAAGGCGAGUGGUACUCGGGCAGGCCCCACGGCAAGGGGACCCUGAAAUGGCCGGAUGGGCGGAAUCACGUGGGGAAUUUCCGCUGGGGGCUGGAGCACGGCAGCUUUGGCAUUUACCUGGUGCCCAAGGCCAUCGAGGACAAGUUCGACUGUUACAAGUGCCACUGGCAGGAGGGCACCAUGCAGGGCUACGGCAUCUGUGAGUACAGCUCGGAGGAGGUGUACAGAGGCUACUUCCAGGCUGGCCUGCGGCACGGGUUUGGGGUCCUGGACAGUGCGCCCCAGGCUCCCCAGCCCUUCCGGUACACGGGCCACUGGGCAAAGGACCAGAGGAGUGGCUACGGCAUCCAGGAGGAUGGCAACAGUGGUGAGCGCUACAUCGGCAUGUGGCAGGCUGACCAGCGCAAUGGCUCUGGCGUCGUGGUCACCCAGGCAGGCAUCUGCUACCAGAGCACUUUCCAGGCGGACAAGAUGGUGGGCCCUGGCGUCCUCCUCUCGGAAGACGACUCAUUGUACGAGGGCACCUUCACCAAGGACCUGACCCCUGAGGGGAAGGGCAAGAUCACCUUCCCCAACGGCUUCACCCUGGAGGGCUGGUUUGGCAGUGGGACAGGCAGAGGGCUGAACACCCAGGGAGUGCUGGACACAGCUGCCCUCCCGCCGGACCCCAGCAGCACUUGCAAGAGGCAGCUGGGUGUGGAUGCCUUCCCCGUGGAAAGCCGCUGGCCUGGCGUCUAUGGCCCCUUCCGGGUCUUCAUGGUGGCCGGCUGCCCCGGGGAGCUGCAGGAGGCCCUGCUGGGCUUCCAUGUCCAGAGAUCUCGGGUGCCACGUCGUGCCCAGGACUACCUGCGCUGUGAGAGGAGCUGCCUGGAGGACGAAGCAGGUCGGAUGGAGGACGCCCUGGAGGAGCUGCUAUGUCACCGGGAGCCCGCAGCCCUGCAGCGGUACCUCCAGAAGGCUCUGAACUCCACCUGGCACCCACUGGGGAAGCUUCUCCGCACCCUGAUGCUGACCUUCCAGGCCACUUACGGGGGCUUCGGGGCCAACAAGCACCUGCAGGGGAUGGCGCAGGGGGAGGUGAAGCAGCACGCCCGAGAGCUCUGGGCUGCCUACAGGGGUCUGCUGCGGGUGGCCUUACAGCGCAAAGGCCAGGCCCUAGAGGAGGAACCUGAAGACGCAGAAACAAGGGACCUGCAGGUGCACAGGCUGAUGUUGCCCCUGGUGCUGCCCAGCUUCUACUCCGAGCUCUUCACCCUCUACCUGCUCCUGCACGAGCCAGAGGACGCACUCUACAGCCAGGGCAUUGCCAGCCUGAGCCUGUUUCCAGACAGCAAGCUUUUGGAGUUCCUGGACGUGCACAAGCACCUGUGGCCCCUCAAGGACCUCCGGCUAACCAGCAAUCAGCGGAGCUCCCUGGUCAGGGACAGAUGUUUCCUGUCAGCCACUGAGUGCCUACAGAAGAUCAUCACCACCGUAGACCCCCGGGAGAAGCUGGAGGUGUUGGAGAAGACGUAUGGGGAAAUCGAGGCCACUGUGUCGCGAGUGCUGGGCAGGGAGCACAAGCUGCCCAUGGACGACCUGCUGCCACUGCUCAUCUACGUGGUGUCGCGGGCGCGAAUCCAGCACCUGGGCGCCGAGAUCCACCUGAUCCGGGACAUGAUGGACCCAGUCCACACAGGCGGCCUGUAUGAUUUCUUGCUCACAGCCCUGGAGUCCUGUUACGAGCACAUCCAGAAGGGAGGCAUGAGGCUGCGUCGCCUACCUGGCCACUGGGACCUCAGGGACCUCAGCUAGCUCUGCACCAGGACACGGACCGCCCCCACCCCCCAGACCAGCACUGGCCCGUCUCUGAUGAUCCUUGAAGCUGAGGCAAUGAGCCGCUCUUGUUUUCACCUUAGCCCGUACGACAGGUCCCUGUGGCUGUGUUCCUGGGAAGCAGGCUCCGGGCUGUAGCAUGCUGUCCCCAGGAGUGUCCCAGACCUGCCGCCUCCCUGACUCUGCCCUGGGCCUGUGGGGCAAGGGAUUGGGGCCCAGGAAUUGCAGUCUACUCACCUGUCAUCACUGUCAGUGAGUUCCAAGUGGCCUGUGAAAGACAUGCUGUGGUCUCUGUGGACCUUUCGGGGAGCACAGCAGACACCCUGAGGCCAGCCUGGGCCCUGACGGAUAAACACCCUUCAAAGCCAGCUGGAUCUUGGGCAGCCUUAUUGCUGCAAGAACACUGCUUGCACUGAGCCAAGGCUGGGCUCCCCGAGCCCCUUUGUGCCCUCCUCCAGAAGGACCAGGAGAGACUUCUGGUCUGGUUCUACCCAGUGUGUCAGUCUGAACACAGGGCUGGAGCUGGCUUCUGCCAGUGACUGGUCGGCUUGUUGUGGCUGUGACAAAAUUUCUGGGAGAGUGACCGAAAACAGGAGAGGGUUAUUUGGGCUCAGGGUCUCAGAGGCUUCAGUUCAUGGUAGGCCAGUGGACAUGUGACUGAGGAGAGAUGGAAGGGAGGAAAGGGGACGAGAAGAGGGUGACGGGGCAGAGGGAGGCAGGGUGAGAAGAAGCCGAGGACACAAUCACUGACCCUGUUACACCCCCAGUGGCCCCUACUUUCAGCCAGGCCCCGCCUCCUGAGUUUCCACCUCUCUGUCAUCAGUUGGGGACAGCUGUCCAUGCAGGGGCCUGUGGGGUGCAUUUCAGAUCCAAACCAUAAUAGCUAGGAAGCUGUGGCAUCCCCAAGAAAGUCCCUGGGGGGGGGACAGACCCACUGGAGAGGGAGGACAGGAUCUCAGUCCUCUAGCUGUGGGCAGGAAGAACCCCUGCCUCCUGUCCUGCUGUGCCAAGGAGACCCCAGCACCAUUCUGGCCUCCUUUGGGGGGUCCACCUUGCCCCCAACAUGGCUUACAGUGGCCAUAGCUGAACACGGGCGUGGAGGUGGGGGCAGCAGAGUGACCUGUAGAGCCAGGGCCUCCUCCCUGCCUCCCAUGUAAACACUGUAUUUGAGGGGUGCUUUUCUGGGGAAUUCCCACAAUUAGAACCACAUAUUUCUUCCAUUUUUGUGAAGAGUCCAUUUGAUCUUUUAGUGGCAUCUGCUGUAGGUGGUGGGGGUACUAACCAUCUCACAGAUGCCCACAUAACUGCCCACUGUGGGAGUCCCAGCUGGGAGCCGAGCACCCUUGAAUAACUGCUGGGCUCUGUAUGUCAGGAAUGCAAUCCUGUCUGUGAACUGGCAGAGAUCUGUCCCAUGGCCAAUGCCCAAUGCUACUCUUGGGAGACUGUGUGCCAGGACUGGGUGGUACCCCUGCAGUGCCUUUGGCACUCAACCCCGGGGCUGGCACUCAGGCACAUUUGCCAGCUGUUGUGGGCCUCAUGUGUUGAUCUGGACUCUCAUGCUUGUGUGAGGCUGUGUGCGGGGGACUGAGGUCCUUCCCUGGGCUCUGCAGAGUGGGUCACCUUGCUGGUUCUGCUGAUGUCCACUGCCAUAGGGUCCUUUGCCACAGACAGCCAUGUGUGUCAUGAAUAGAAGGCACGGGCCCGUGAAAUCUGCUGCACAGAUUUGGACUAGAUCAUCAAGUCACUCUGUGGUCACAGCCAGUACACUUGGUUAGCACACUGGCCACUAAUGUGGAGGAUGAUGCAUUUAAGAGGGAAAGGACUUUCCCAGGCAUCUUAGCUUUCCCACUGCUGGACACUGUACCUGCCACCCACGAUUUAAAGGAGGAGAGCUUGAGUUGGGCUCACGGUUUCAGAGGAUUCAGUCCAUGGUAGGGUACUCCAAGGCAGGAGCAUUGUGCCAAGCUCUUUAAGCUAAUUGUCCCUAGUGACUAUUGCUCUUUCUUUUAAAGUGCCACUCUGGCACACCACUCAGGGACUUUGAGUAGGUUUAUAGGACCUGCUGAGACAAGGCUGCCUGAGAAAUAUAUAAAAGCAGAUUGUAAGACCACUGGAGUGAGUUUGACUUUAACAGGGCCUGUGUGGGAGCACAGGAUUCAGCACAGUGGACAGAGCCCUCCUAGUUUACCCAAGAGGUAGGAGGAGAGGCUGCUUAUAUGGCAGUUGCAGACCUCUGAUUGGUUCAAGUGUAAGUUAGUGAUUGGUUCAAAUUUGGGUCUUUUGAUUGGUCCAAGUACAAGCUGUGGUUGGUUCAAACAAUUGGGCAUCCAGGGAAGCCCAGCCCCCAUGGUGACAGGUAAGCUGAUUGCUUGACAGCUGUCAGACCUCCCUGAGUAAGGGGGAACUGAAAUGAGCACUUUCAGGAGGAUUAUCUGUCCAUCGUAUCUAUUGGGACUUGGGGGUGUUAACAAUUUCAGCCGUGAGGUGCUGGGGAUUUAGCUCAGUGGCAUAAGCACCUGCCUUGCAAGCAGGUGGUUGUGAGUUCAAUCCCUGGUACGGAUAAAAAGUUAAAAAAAAAAUAAUAAUAAUUUCAGCCGUGGCAGGGUUGUCCCUUUCCUUCUUCAAAGAGGAGGCAGCGGUGGCCAAGCUGCACCUCCUGUUGGAGCAGCCUGGGUGGUGGCUACGAAACAGCUCCAUGAGAAAGGCAGAAGGGAAGCUGUCCUGGUCCACUUGGGUGUGACAGCCAUUGGCCAAACUGUGCCCCUCUCCUGCCUGCACAGGAAAAAGGGGGAGUCAGGGGCUCGCCAUCUGUCUCAUGCUGAGUGCCCUGGGGAUCUAGGAGUUGCACACCUGGGAACCUGUGCCUGUUGAACCCAACAAGUUAACCUACAUUUGAACAUCAACUUGCUUUCUUCCCUGUCCCUGUCAGGGGCUCCAUUUCCAAGAACAAUUUCCAGAAUGACCUUCAGACCCGUGGCCAUGAAACGAGGCAGCCGGCUCGGCAGUUGUGUAGUCCUGGGCAUGGGGAGAGGGGCGAGGCCAGGUGUUUCAUGGCCUGAUGCUGGAGGUCAGCAAAUGCUCUGUCCCCAAACUGUCUGAGGCUGGCUCCAUGUCCUGGUGCUGCCGCCCCCAAGCUCCUCCACUCCCCAACAGGCUGUCCCCAGCCGUGUAGGGGACCACACGGGUUUCCAUUUCUGGUCUCUCUCCGCAUCAGCCCCAGGAUAAGCUGUGUGGGAGACUCAGAGUUAACGUGGGUGAAGAACCCUCACACAGGUGCCGUGGAGGCUGGAUUAGCUCUUCUAAUCUCGGAUCAGUGGCUCAGCCUAGUUCUGGGUUCACCUUGGCUCUAAAUAGCUGAGCUGGGCCUUGUGUACUUGAGCAGCUGCCAUGGGCAAGGCUGAUGCUGUGUGACCAGUGUGGGACAUGGGAGGCCAACUCCUCGUGGAGGCCGGCUUCUCCCUCUCUGUGAUGGUGACACUCGUCACCGUGUCCCCAGCUGGCUGUGCGGUUUCACCACUUUCCCGGGGCUGUGGUUUGAAUGCCUCCUCUAGGGUUCAUGUGUUGGGACAAGGUGACUGGGUCCCCAGGGCUCUGUCACGGCUGGAGUGGGUUUGCUAGCAACACCGUUUGUCCCUCUGCCGCUCCCUUCCUGUGCAUAUAUUUUCUUGCUCUUUCCGCUUCUACCAGGGACGCUGCUGUGCUAACUUUCCUCACCCUUGGACUUCCCAGCUUCUGGGAUUGUAAGAAGUAAAUCUCCCUUCUUUAUUCAUUACCCAGUCUUGGUAUUUUGUUACAGCAACACAGUACAGACUAAGAGGCUGUUACGGUUUGAGUCUGGAUGCCCCCACAGCCUCGUGCAGUCAGGGAGGUGGGCAUCUAGAGUGUGUGAAUGACUGACAGUUCAGUGCUGGGAUGGUGGGUGAGUGCUACACCCAGGUGAUGUGGCCUGCAUGCAAUACAGGGACAGAAAGAGUCUUCUGUCCAUGCUCCCCACAUUUUGCCCUUGUCACCCUUGGUGCCUGGUGGUGCCCCUGUGCCAUGUCACCCUGCCUUGUAGAUAAUGGACUGGAAGCUCCACAAACUGUAAGCUAAAUAAACCUUUCCUUCCCUAA